UCCUCGCGGCGUCACUUCCGGCCGGGCGGGGAUGGCGGCGGCAGCUGAGGAGGAAGAGCCGGUGCGGCUGUCGGAGCUGCUGGAGUCCGGCUGGCAGCUGCUGGAGGAGGUGGAGAGCGACACCGAGGGGUCGUCGGGGGCGGCGGCCGUCCAGCGCCGGGUGCAGCGCGGCCUGGAGCUGCUGGAGCGCGCCGCCCGCGCCGUCUCCCAGCUGGAGCUCUUCAGCCGCAACGAGGAGCUGGAGGAGAUCGCCUCGGCCGACCUGCGCUUCAUGCUGGUGCCGGCCCUGCUGGCCGCGCUGACCCUGCGGCAGGUGGCCCCCCCGCGCCGGCUGGAGCACCUGCGGAGGGCGCGCGGCCUCUUCCUCGACUUCCUCCGCCUCUGCCGGGACUACGCCGUGGCCCGCUUCGAUCUGCCGCGAGAGGCCGUGGACGGCGGCGACGACGACGAGGAGCAGCGCGGCGGGGAGGCCGCCCCCGGCCCGUCCGACGGCCAGGCCUCCCUGCUGGCCAUGGCGGCCGCCCGGCGGGCCAAGAUCGAGAGAUACAAGCAAAAGAAAGAGUUGGAGAACCAGCUGGCUUCUUUAAAACCCUUCAUUGAUAGUGGCCAAGCUGAAGAAGAGCAAAUACGAGAAUUCUAUUUGCUGCAGAUCAAGAAGUGGAUCACUGUAAGCUUGGAAGAAAUUGAAAGCAUUGAUCAGGAAAUUGCAAUCCUUAAUCGGCGGGGUGCUCUACAGGGUCCGUCCACACGACCUUCCCAGCCAUCCCGACCUCCAAUGAGGCCCUUCAUCCUUACUCGGGAUGCUGCCCAGGCAAAGGUGUUUGGCGCUGGCUAUCCUAGCCUAGCCACCAUGACGGUGGAUGAAUGGUAUGAGCAGCACCAGAAACAAGGAGUCCUGCCUGACCAGGGCAUCUCCAAAAGAGCUCCAGCAGGUCCCGAAGACCAGCUGAAAGAACAGGAAAACGCCACGGAGGAGGAGGAGCAAGCCACAGCAUUGAAAGCCCGGGAAUGGGAUGACUGGAAGGACCUGCACCCAAGGGGCUACGGCAACCGGAAGAACAUGGGCUGAGGAGAGCCCCUCGGAGCCUUCGUGAGGAAGUGUGAGUGGUUCCUCUUUGGGAAAGAAGAAACGGAGUUGCCAGGUGUUGUAUCAAGGGCCGAGGUAGAUGGGAGUUCCAGAAAUGCCAGUAUAGGAAACGCAGAAAGCAUCUGGGGCCAUUGCAUUCCUGGCUCCUCUCUUGUCUUAAAAUAGUCCUUACUGACCAGAUCGGAUGGCUGCUUGGAAGUACUUUGGGCUGUUGUCACUUAUUUCUUUAUUUUAAAAGACAAAUAAAAUGCUCCCGUCGGUUCA